CUCCAGAGCUGGGAUCCGAAUCUUGUAAACCCUUGUACUUGGUUUCAUGUUACUUGCAACGGCGAUAACCACGUCACUCGUGUGGACCUUGGCAACUCAAAGUUAUCUGGUCAUUUGGUACCUGAACUUGGAAAGCUGGAACAUCUACAGUAUUUGGAGCUUUACAAAAAUAAUAUUCAGGGAACCAUCCCUAAAGAGCUUGGCAACUUGAAGAGCCUUAUAAGUCUGGAUCUGUACAACAACAAUAUUUCAGGGACAAUCCCUCCUUCACUGGGAAAGUUGAAAAAUCUUGUUUUCCUGUAA